AUGGGAGGUCCGCCGGAGAAUGCUCUGACUGCUCUGAACAAUGUCAAAUCUCUUAGAAUUGGGGGAAUGUUAUUUAGAACCGUUCAGGAGGUUUCGUGUGUUAUUUACUUGAUUACGAGCUGCCCUAAAUUACAGGAGUUGACCAUUGAAUGUGAAACAAUGAACACAAUGAACGAUGUUGCGGAACCUAUUGUACAAUUCUUACGAGACCAAUCAAGCUUGUAUGGUGUUAUGAAGAUGCUUCAAAGAGUGCGUAUGAGUACUUUUGGUGGUCUUGAGAUGGAAAUGGAAUUUGUGAGGUUUAUAUUAGCAUAUGCACCUGUACUUGACAAAAUUUCCAUUUGGAAUUAUUCAUGUCUCCUCAUUCAGACGGGUAGACGACUGACGGAUAAGAUGAAACAAUUCCAACGAGCAUCACCCAAUGUUGAAAUCAUAGUUGAUGAAGUUGAUGUAGAAGAUUAG